CCGACAAGCCGGGGGUUGCGGGCAUGGCCGAGGCCAGGAAGCGGCGGGAGCUGCUUCCCCUGAUCUACCAGCAUCUGCUGCAGGCGGGCUAUGUGCGCGCGGCGCGGGAAGUGAAGGAGCAGAGCGGCCAGAAAAGUUUCCUGACUCAGCCUGUAACCCUUCUGGACAUCUAUACACACUGGCAACAAACCUCGGAGAUUGGCCAGAAGCAGAAGGAAGAGGAAGAUGCAGCCCUGCAGGCCAAGAAGACCCGCGUGUCAGACCCCGUUAGCAGCUCAGAGAGCUCAGAGGAGGAGGAGGAGGAGGAGCAGGAGGCAGAAGCGGAAACCACCAAAGCCAUCCCGGCACUAGCAUCUACCAACUCCUCAGCCACGGGGAAGGUUUUGCCUUCAAGUGUGAAAGAAAAAGCCAAGGCAAAGACCAAGAAAGCCAGCAAGACGGUGAACUCCACGGCACACCCUGCCUCCGGGAAGGCAGUAGCCCACCUCCUCACCAGGAAGUCACCCCAGAAGGCGGCAGGGCCCUCGGCAAAUACCAUCCUGGUCUCAGAAACUGAGGAGGAGGGCAGUGUCUCGGCCCUCAGAACCACUGCCAAGCCUGGAAUGGCGGCCGCCAGCCAGGCCGCCAGCUCCAGCGAGGACACCUCCAGCUCGAGCGAUGAGACGGACGUGGAGGUGAAACCUGCAGUAAAACCACCACAGGUCAAAGCCUCAGCAGCUGUGGCCAAGGAGUCUCCAAGGAGAAGGGCGGCCCCGACCCCAGGGAAGGCGGGAUGUGUGACACCCCAAGUCAGAGGGGGUGCCAUGACCCCAGCCAGCAGGGCCAAGAAGCCAGAAGAGGUCUCAGAGAGCAGCGAGGAGUCCGAGAGUGAGGAGGGGGCCCCUGCGGGGACACCCAGCCAGGUGAAGGCCUCCGAGAAAACUGUCCAGGUCAGAGCUGCCUCAGGUCCUGCCAAGGGGACCCCUGGGAAAGGGGCCACCCCAGCACCCCCUGGGAAGGCAGGGAGGCCAGAGGAGGACUCGGAGAGCAGCAGCGAGGAGUCGGACAGCGAGGAGGAGGCGCCAGCUGCCCAGACUCUGCUGCAGGCAAAGCCCUCAGGGAAGAUCCCCCAGGUCAGAGCCACCUCAGCAGCACCUGCCCAGGUGCUUUCCCCUGGGAAAGGGGCCCCUCCAGCACCCCCUGGCAAGGCAGGGCCUGCAGCCAUCCAGGCCCAGACCAGGGGGCAGGAGGAGGACUCAGAGAGCAGCAGCGAGGAGUCAGACAGCGAGGGGGAGGCGUCCACAACCGUGCCCCAAACCGCGAGCCUGGCUCAGGCAAAGCCCUCGGGAAAAAACUCCCAGGUCAGAGCUGCCUCAGCCACAAGCACGGGGCCCUCAGCGAAGAGUGCUGUCCCAACGCUCCCUCGGAAGGCAAGGGCUGUAGCCGCCCAGGUGGCAAAGUGGGAUGCGGACUCGGAGAGCAGCAGCGAGGAGGAGUCGGACAGCGAGGGGGAGGCGCUGAGGGCAGCGGCCUUGGCCCAGGCAAAGUCCUCGGGGAAAGUCCUGCAGGUCAGACCUGCCUCAGGUCCCACCCAGGGCCCCCCUCAGAAGGCCGGGCCUGCAGCCGCCCAGGUCAAGACUGAAAGGUCCAAGGAAGACUCGGAGAGCAGUGAGGAGGAGUCAGACAGUGAGGACGAGGCCCCCGCAGCCAAGACUCCAGCCCAGGCGAAAUCAGCUGUGAAAACUUCUCAGACCAAGGUCUCCCCAAGGAAGGGCACCCCUAUUACACCCGCAUCUGCCAAGGCCCCACCAGUGCAAGUAAGCGCACCAGCCCCCUGGAAAGCAGGAACGGUGACUUCGCCAACCCGCACAUCAUCCCCAGCGGUGGUCAGGGGCACCCAGAGGCCAGAGGAGGACUCUUCAAGCAGCGAGGAGCCGGAGAGUGAGGAGGAGACAGCUCCCGCCGCCUCAGUGGGACAGGUGAAGUCUGUAGGGAAAAGCCUCCCAGUGAAAGCUGCCUCGGCACCCACCAAGGGGCCCUCAGGGGCACGGACCACCCCGGGGCUCGCUGGGAAGGCAGGGCCUGCAGUGGCCCAGGUGAAAGCUGAGGUGCAGGAAGACUCAGAGAGCAGUGAGGAAGAGUCGGACAAUGAGGAGGCGGCCUCAACUGCAGCACAGGUGAAGACCUCAGUGAAAACCCCUCAGACCAAAGCCAACCCAGCUGCCACCAGAGUGGCUUCAGCCAAAGGGGCAGCAUCAGCUCCUGGAAAAGGGGUUUCUGCAGCUGCUCAAGCCAAACUGGGGUCCCCAGCCAAGGUAAAGCCACCAGCAAGAGCCCCCCAGAGCAGUGCCGUCUCGGGCAGGGGCCAGGUGUCUGUGCCGGCUGUGGGGAAGGCACUGGCUGCAGCAGCCCAGGCCCAGCUGGGGCCGGUCAGGGGCCCACAGGAGGACUCGGAGAGCAGUGAGGAGGAGUCGGACAGUGAGGGGGAGGCGCCCGCUCAGGCGAAGCCCUCAGGGAAGACCCCCCAGGUCAGAACUGCCUCAGCCUCCACCAAGGGGUCCCCCAGGAAAGGGGCGGCCCCAGCACCCCCUGGGAAGGCAGGACCCCCAGCCGCCCAGGCCGGGAAGCGGGAAGAGGACUCGGAGAGCAGCAGCGAGGAGGAGUCAGACAGUGACGGGGAGACGCCGGCAGCUGUGCCCCCAGCCCAGGUGAUUAAAACCCCUCUGAUUUUUGUCGACCCUAAUCGUAGUCCAGCUGGCCCAGCUGCUACCCCCGCCCAAGCCCGGGCUACAAGCACCCCGAGGAAGGCCCAGGCCUCAGAGAGCACACCCAGGAGCUCCUCUGAGAGUGAGGAUGAGGACGUGAUCCCCGCUACGCAGUGCUCGGCUCCUGCCAUUAGGAACAGCGUGGCGACUGUGCCCACGGCCCACCCCAGGGCAGCCCUCAGAGCCAGCAUGGUGGGGGCCGGCAGCAGUGAGGACACCAGUCGGGCGUCUGAAGGCAAGAAACAGGAGACGCCAACCACUAAGGUGACAAAGAGGAACCCAGCUCACCUCCCGCUGACCCAGGCUGCCCUGAAGGUCCUUGCCCAGAAAGCCAGUGAGGCCCAGCCUCCUGCUGCCAGGACCCUGUCUUCAAGUGGGACCGACAGUGCUCUGGGAACACUGCCCAUGACGAGUCCCCAGAGCACCCCCGCGCAGGCCAGAGGGGCCAACAAGCUCAGAAAGCCUGAGGUUCCUGCAACCCAGCGGGCCAUAGCCACUCCCUCGGGACGCCCCAAGGCCAAGGCCUCUGGGACCUCAGGUGACAGCAAGGACAGCAGUGGCAGCUCUUCAGGGAGUGAAGAAGAUGCUGAGGGGCCCCAGGUGGCCCCAUUGACCCACAGGCCAGGCCCCGCCCCCUCCAGGAGGGAGACCUUGGUGGAAGAGACCACAGCAGAGUCCAGCGAUGAUGAGGUGGUGGCACCUUCCCAGUCUCUCCUCUCAGGUUAUGUGACCCCUGGGCUGACUCCGGCCAGUUCCCAGGCUUCAAAGGCCACUCCCAAGCCAGACCCCAACCCCUCGGUUUCCUCUACUCCGGCCACCAGAGAUGCCCCGGACGGCAAGCAGGAAGUGGAGCCCCAACAAGCAGCAGGCACCAUGUCCCCUAAAAGAGGCAGAAGAGAGGCUAGCGCCACACCUCAGAAGCCCCAGAAGCCCGGGAAGGGGCCCAGGAGCCCCCAGGCCUCCAUGCUGGCGCUGCAGAGCGACAUCACCCGGCGCCUGCUGAGCGAGCCCUGGCCCCUGAGUGAGGCGCAGGUGCAGGCCUCGGUGGUGAAGGUGUUGGAGCUGCUGGAGCAGGAGAAGAAGAAGGCCGUGGACGCCGCCAAGGAGGGCAACCAGGAGGGCAGCCGGAAGGGCCGCCUGGGCAACAAGCGGAAGCUCUCCGAAGACCAGACGGCCGCCGGUGCCCCCAGGAGCAAGAAGAAGAAGCAGCUGGCGGCCGGGGAUGGCGGGGAGCGUGCGGUCUCCCCAGAAAAGGCCCCCAGGACUUCCAAGGGGAAAUCCAAGAAGGACAAAGCGAGUGGUGACAUCAAGGAGAAGAAGGAGAAGGAGUCUCCCGGCUCCCAAGGGGCCAAGGAGAAGCCAGAAGGGGAGCCGGGGAAGGUGAAGGGUGAGGGGGGAGACCAAGGCAACCCAAAGAGCAAGAAGGAGAAGAAGAAAUCCGACAAGAAAAAAAAAGACAAGGAAAAAAAAGAAAAGAAGAAGAAAGCAAAAAAGGCCUCAACCAAAGACCCUGACUCACCAUUGCAGAAGAAAAAGAAGAAAAAGAAGAAGAUGGCAGAGCAGACUGUCUGAGGGACACCAGGCGGCAGAAGAUGAUGGCCAGCUGCGGUGUACAUGCUGGCCAAGCCAGUGAGCCCUGCAGAGAGGCUGGUCCCAGGAGGAGGAACCCCGCCCAGCUCCCGUGACCUCCACUCACUGACCCUGGCCUGACUUCUGUGCCGACAAAGGAUGCCUCAUAUGGACAUGUACAAUAUAUAUAUAUAUUUUUUAAGUGACCUGCCCCUCCCUUCUCAGACCCAACGUGCCCAGAGGUCUCGGGACUUUCCACCUCUGCCCUGCAGACCCAGUGAGGCUCAGCCUGCGACUCCUUCCAUGCCCCUGGUCUCCAGCUAUGCUGAGGCUUUGUCCUCUUUUUGUCAGUUUUCUCCCAUUUUGUUUGUGUGUUUUUUGUAAUAACUCAGAAAAUAAAAGACUUGAAGGAAAGGUGCAAGUUCCCAUUGCAUCUGGGGCAAACGUUUUGCAAUUGAUUGAUUCUUGGAAGGGAGAGUCUGGCUGACACUUGGAGAUGAACAAACCAUCGCUCAGGAUUUAUUCUUGACCGUGUAUCAAGGCUCUGGGAUACCGUGGUGAGUGACACACUGUUUGCCAGAGAAGGAGACUCAGCAAAAGGCCCUGGUGUUGAAUUGGGGUGGGGAAGGCUUCCUGGAGGAGGUGGCAUCUAAGGUAAGGGGGAGCUCAGGCAUGGUCAUGGCUGGUUGCUGGGGUAGGUAGGUCAGGCAGAUACCCAGAAGCAAGAAAUGGAAGGGGGUCUUCCAAGUCACCUUUUGAAGUUAGGGCAAGCUGCGGACAGGCUCCGUUGAGGUACUUGGUGGAGAGUAGCUGGCAGGGACAGGAGGAGCAGGAAGCCCAGUUAGGACUGAGUUGUCCACGUGUCUAGGUAACAGAGGCUCUGCGAUGAUGAAGGCAAGAAGUGCAGGAACCUGAAAGAUGUGUCAGGGUGACGUCCGCAGGACUUGGUGAUGGCCAGUGAUGCAGAGGUCCACCUCCCUGAGCCCAGAGUAGUGUGGAGCACCCAGGGUCAUGGAGUCCGCUCCAAGGCUUUUAGCCUUCUGCUAGAGGCAGCAAGAGGCCGUGCAGACACAGCACUGGGCUGGGGAGGUCUGGGAGAGCCAGGGUGGCAUCCAGAUUUACCCUAACUUGGGGCUCCUGGGCCAGGCCCUCCCCCAGGGAGCCUCUCUCCCCCUAAGUGUGUUGAUCUAGAACAGAGGCCGCAGAGCAGUGUCCUAUUGGGCUUCUUUGACCCACAGCAAGUCUUCACACUUAGAAAUGGAGAUUUCAGUGAACUUCUUCAUUUGGGGCUCCUCUUGAAAAGUCCAGAAAUCUGACCACAGGGGCCUCUGCUCCUCCUGGCAAUGAGCGGCUGGGGCACCGCAGCGGCCGCCCUUUAACUAGGACAGAGGCCCCCACUUCCACAGCCGCCACUCCCUGGUGAUCCCGACACGAGGGCCCAUGUUGUUGCCAUCUGUCAUCACACUUGUACUGUUCUCAGUAUAGAAAAGAAAAUGGGGACGUGAGAAGCCGGACCCAGAGGAGCUUGCGCUUAAAGGACUGUGGGCAAGAGCCUGUUUCUUCUUGGAAGUAGAGAAUAUAUUCCCGUGUGUGGAACAUGGAGACCAAGCGUGUCUGCGUCCAAAGACUGCAGCCCCGCUCCCCACGGCCCGGCCCCGCCCCACAGG